AUGUUUAAUAACAAUAAUGCUUAAAGCUAAAGACUUAAAGUUCUAAAUAAUGAGAAUAGGAAUACUUAGGAAAGCUACUUUAAAUAAGAUAAAGAAAAUUAUUAUAAACAAUGGGAAUUGAAUUUGAAUUAGAGGGAAUCUUAGGUAUUUAAAUCAGUCAUAUAUAGUUUAGUUAGAAUAAAAGUAUAAGGAAUUGAAAAAUUACUCAAAAAAAUUAAAGAUUAAAAGUGAUGAAAUUGUAAAAUAAAAGUUAGAAUUAGGAGAAAAAAUAGAGAGAUAUAACAGACUAUUAGAAUAGAUAAUCUAAGUUUAAUUUUCAGAGAGGCAAGGCAACAGAGCUGGUUCAUUAACACCGAAUACUAGUAAGACAAGAAUAAAUAAAAGUGGAAUCAACGAAUGUUAACAAAGAGUGGCAAAUUUAUUGUAAAAAAUUAGACACACAAGCAAGACUAAUUUAAAAACCCAAUAAUUUUCUUAUUUUGGAAAUAAUUCUGAUUAUGAGGAAAUCCUCUUUAGUAAAAGACAAAACCAUUCUACUUCUUUCACAGGAAUUAUGAAUGUAAGUGCACAAGAUUAAACAAAUUAAUAGCACUAAUAAUAAUAAUUAUAAAAUGAAACUUAGCUAUAGGAAGAUAAAAACUAAAAAUAAAGUAUGCUUUCUUGUGAAAAUGAGUUAUUGAAUCAUUAAACAUAAUUAUAGCAAAUGGAAAAGAAUCAGAAGCACUUUUAUUCAAAGGUUUAUGAAGAGAUGAAUAAAUUAAAAUAAUAACUUUGA